AUGGCGCCCCCUCAAGUCCACCACCUCUUCCACGCCCCCAUCGCGGACCACUCGUUCUCAGCCGACCGCGAGACGCUGGCCAUCGCUCGCGAUUCCACCAUUGAGCUUUAUGGACACGCCGGCAACUCCUUCAAGCUCAAGGACGAGCUGAAGGGGCAUGACAAGACCGUCACCAGUGUCGACAUUGCUCCCAACAGCGGUCGCAUUGUCUCCUGCUCCCAGGACCGUAACGCCCUUGUGUGGGAGCCCUCGCCGAACGGAUACAAGCCCACUCUCGUCCUGCUCCGCAUCAGCCGCGCCGCUACCUUUGUGCGCUGGUCGCCGUCCGAGACCAAGUUCGCUGUCGGUUCAGGUGACCGCGUUAUCGCCAUCUGCUACUUCGAGGAGGAAAACGACUGGUGGGUUUCCAAGCACUUGAAGAAGCCCAUCCGCAGCACCAUCACGUCUGUCGCGUGGCACCCCAACUCCGUCCUUCUCGCCGCCGGAUCUACCGAUGCCCACGCCAGAGUCCUCUCCAGCUUCAUCAAGGGCGUCGACCAGCGCCCGGAACCCACCGCCUGGGGUGAGAGGUUGCCCUUCAACACCGUCUGCGGAGAGUACCUGAACAACUCUGCCGGUUGGGUGCACUCCGUUUCCUUCUCGCCCAGCGGAAACGCUCUGGCUUUCGCCGCCCACGACAGCAGCAUCACCGUCGUCUACCCCAGCGCGCCCGAGCAGCCCCCUCGCGCCGUCGUCACCAUCUCUACCCAGCUCCUGCCCUUCAUGAGCCUUAUCUGGAGCAGCGAGGAUGAGAUCAUUGCUGCCGGCUACGACUGCGAGGCGUUCCGCUUCAAGGGCGGUGAGGGCGGCUGGGGCCUGGCCGGAACUCUUGAGUCCAAGGGCCGCCCCGGCCUCGAGGAUGCCCGCGAGGAGUCCGCGCUGAACAUGUUCAGGCAGAUGGAUCUCAAGGGCAAGGUCAAGGAUGAUACCCAACUCAAGACGGUCCACCAGAACACCGUCACCAGAAUCCGUUCGUAUGAGGAGUCAGGCGGCAACGUCACGAAGUUUACUUCUACCGGCGUUGACGGAAGAAUUGUCAUCUGGAGCACUUAG